AUGAUCAGUGAUGAGGAAUAUCAUGACCUUAAGGAGCUCUGGAACUGCUGGCUGGCAAUCUGGCUGUGGUGUUUGUUGGGAAGUGUGCUCGGUGCAGUUGUUACCAGGGGUUCUAGACCCAAUAUUGUCCUGUUGAUGGCAGAUGACCUCGGGGUGGGAGAUUUAUGCUGCUAUGGUAAUAACUCAGUGAGCACGCCUAAUAUCGACCGCCUAGCGAGCGAAGGAGUGAGGCUAACUCAGCACCUGGCCGCCGCAUCUGUCUGCAGCCCCAGUAGGGCCGCCUUCCUGACCGGCCGCUACCCCAUCCGAUCAGGAAUGGCUUCGCCCUAUAACCUGAACCGGGUUAUCACUUGGCUCGGUGGCUCGGGAGGUCUCCCAACCAAUGAGACUACAUUUGCCAAAUUGCUACAACUUCGGGGCUACCGCACCGGAUUGAUAGGCAAAUGGCACCAGGGGCUGAGCUGUGCCUCCCGCAAUGACCACUGCUACCACCCGCUGAAUCACGGCUUCGAUUACUUCUACGGGCUGCCCUUGGGUCUGCUAGGAGACUGCCAGGCCUGGGGUCGGGCAGAGUUGCACCGCGGGCUGCGUCUCAAGCUCUGGAUGUCCACCGUGGCCCUGGGGGUCCUCCCCCUACUGCUCCUGGUGCCCAAGUUCGUGGGCUGGUUCCCGGUUCCCUGGAAGCUCAUCGUGGCUUUUGCCCUGCUGGCCUUCCUCUUCUUUGUGGCCUGGUUCUCCAGCUACGGCUUCAUCCGGCGUUGGAACUGCAUCCUCAUGAGAAAUCACGACAUCAUCCAGCAACCCAUGAAGGAGCACAGGAUGUCCUCCCUCAUGCUGAAGGAGGCGUUGGCCUUCAUCGACAGGUACAAACGGGCCCCGUUCCUCCUUUUCGUUUCCUUCCUGCAUGUGCACACCCCGCUCAUCACCAAGGAGAAGUUUGUGGGACACAGCAAAUACGGGUUGUAUGGGGACAAUGUGGAAGAGAUGGAUUGGAUGGUAGGUAAAAUCCUAGAAGCACUCGACCAGGAGCGGCUGACCAACACCACGCUGGUCUACUUCACCUCCGACAAUGGGGGUCGCCUGGAGCUUCAGGACGGGCCCUCCAGACUGGGAGGCUGGAACGGCAUCUACAAAGGUGGCAAAGGAAUGGGCGGCUGGGAAGGAGGGAUCCGGGUCCCAGGGAUUUUCCGGUGGCCAACCGUCCUGGAGGCUGGGAAAGUCAUCAAUGAUCCUACAAGUCUGAUGGACAUCUACCCGACCUUGUCUUACGUUGGCGGAGGGAUACUGCCCCAGGACAGGGUGAUCGACGGCCGGAACCUGAUGCCCCUGCUGGAAGGCAGAGUCUCACACUCGGACCACGAAUUCCUCUUCCACUAUUGUGGAAUCUACUUGCAUACAGUGAGGUGGCACCAACGGGACUGUGCUACCGUGUGGAAGGUCCACUACGUGACUCCCAAGUUCAGCCCUGAGGGAGCUGGAGCCUGCUACGGAAGUGGCAUGUGUUCCUGUCGUGGAGACAUCCAACACCACGACCCACCCCUGCUCUUUGACAUCUCAAAGGACCCUUCAGAAGCCAGACCACUGAACCCUGACAACGAAGCUCUGUUUGACCCAGUGAUGAAGAAGAUCGAGGCAGCAGUCCGAGAACACCGCCGGACUCUGUCGCCUGUCCCUCAACAGUUUUCUGUGUUCAACACCAUUUGGAAACCCUGGUUACAGCCGUGUUGUGGGACGUUCCCUUUUUGUGGCUGUGACAAGGAAGAUGACAUCGUAUCCAUCAUACCAUGA